AUGAAUUUUUACAUAAGUUUUAUAUUAUUUAACAUAGUAAUGUGUGUUUUUAGUAAAAAUAUUGUCACGAAAUCCGGUCUCGAUCAAAUCUUUCCCAGUUCAGUUGGUUUAAAGUUUUUUGCUGAAAUUAACAAUACUAGUGGAGAUGACUGCAUCGUUGAAAUACAUCCUGACGAAUGUUGUUUGGAAGCGAAUGACGCAAAAUGCAAUAUUAUUGAAGUCAUUGGAAGCGCUACUGAUAGUGUACCUGAAGGUACAACAAAAACGCUCCAUUUAGUCGCACCUCUCCUAGACCCGUAUGAUCGAAAAGGAUUCUGUACAAUAUACGUAGACUAUAAAUCAAAAACAAAACCGAAAAAUUUCAUCAGGGACACGAUCAAAAUCAAGUUUGAUACUACACUGCAAAAGUCAAAGCUGCCUGAAGACGCUAAACUUUGUAAGCACGUCGAUGAAGAUCCUCUGAACGACUGCAAGCCCGUCAAUUGUGACACUCAUUACAAUACUAAAAGGUCGUUUUAUAAUGUACUUCAAAAACGUUGCGUAGAAGUUCCAAUCUGUAUUUCGAACGUAAAAUCAGAAAUACCCAAAGUCGCAUACAAUCCAAUCGCUAACCAAUGUGUCAGUAAACCAGCAAUAAGCAAAGAUGACAUUGAAUUUAUCAAAGUUCUGACUGGAGACAAGAAUAGGAAAGCUAAAGAUAUACUUAUCAUAAAAAUGAUGGAUAAGAACUUAACAGGUCCUGCUGGAGAUGGGGUUGAUUACGAGUAUAAUACAAAGAGACAAGACGAUGUGAAACCUUCGGAACAACCUGUCAACAAGAAGGAAUCGCGGGUUGCUAUCGUGAAGCCUUGUAAGCCAGCGAAUACAACGAUAGACUGCAUCAUGGACUACAUGACUCAACACAAAUACACAAUUAUGGUACUAAGCGCUAUUGUCUUCCUACAAUGUUGCCUGAUCUUCACCCUGAUCUACUGUUUGACAAUGAACUGUGGAUGCCAAAAGAAAAAGAAAGUAGAAAAUAAAUUUUUCAACUACAGGCAAGAUGCAUCAGUGACCACACCGCUGAUCUGCACCAGUAACAUCGACACGGAAACGACAGAGUACCAAUAUUUCAGCGAAUCCUCAAACUAUAUCGAUAAAAAGAUAAAAUGCUACAAGGCUUGUCAGAAAGAAAGGAAAAAUAACAUUAAAAUUAGCAUGUCGGAUGAUAUUUUAUCAAAGUGUCUAACACGAAGAGACUGGCACAGAUUGCCAAGAUCAGAAACUAUACCAGAAGUCAGAAACGAUGAAGAAGCAAAGGGUAUUGAAAGAAAGGAUCUAAAUGUAGACAAUAGGAAACCGACAGACACAAAAGUGAAUUUUCAGGAAGAGAUCCGUGACAAAAGGUCGAGAAGUGUUAAAAGUAAUACAAAAAAACCUGAUAAUAGAAUGAGCAACCAAGACGCAUUGAGCGACUCUUCUGAGAAACUGAUCCGAUGUCACAGUUAUAACUAUGACGUCGGGUCUAAUUUGACAGGCUAUGAGAAAAGAGGCAACAAACGUUUUGGCAUAUACAAAUCGGAGAAGAAGGGAGACUCCAUCGAGCAAGGAGCUCAAGCAUACUUCUCCAACGACUCUAUAGAAGACUUUUUAUCGGAAAGAGGAGUCAUAUUUAUCGGUGAUAAUGCUUCAAAAUAUUCUUUUACAAGCGUUUCAAGUGCUGGAAAAAGUUCAGGUACUUCGCAAUCAAGUAAAACUUCGAAGAAUAAUGUUGUCAAGAAUGUUAUUUCUUUGUUAUCAAGAAAAGUGAAGGGUCCAUCUUCAGAUCCAGGUUUAAACAAGUCCAAACCAGACCUAGACUUAGAACUAUUACAUAUUUCUAGGGCAUCAAUGUGUUCAUCUAGUAACGAUUCGGAUAUCUGUAAAGAUUUGAAAAGAAUAAAAGAUUCGACUAGUUCGCUGUAG